GCUUUAUCGAGGAGUAGUAUUUUAAAGAUGUAGUCCAUAUUAAUAGCAUUUAUUAUAUUUAUGAAAGUGCAAGAAGGCUGGCUAGAGUGGCCGAGUAAAGUAUUUACUAUAAAAUGGGUGAACAACUGAAUGAUUUUGUCCAUGGACCUUUAGAUAUGUAUAGAGACAAAGCCACCUUUGAUUGGAGAAAGUUAAAGGUGUACCUGGAGGGCGAAGAUAUACUUAAAUACAAGCAGGAUAUAUAUUCAAAAUUGCAAAAUGAAGAUUGUUUUAAACCAACAUGUGGCCCACAAACUUUUGAAGAAAUUAGAUACCAAACAUUUCUGCAAGCCAAAGCUUACAAGUCGUUUAAAUCAGUUACAGAACAUAUCAACGAAAGUACCAAAGAAGAACUAGCUACUACAAGAAUAUUAACCCAACUAGCUCCAUCGUCAAUACCCAAACAAAGUGUGAUUUUUCUAAACCACCUUAAAAAAUUAGGUACUCAUAGACAUCGGCAAUUCAUGGAGGAUGUUUAUAAGAACAAGGUUACAGGUUGUUUUUGUUUAACGGAAAUAGGCCAUGGAAGCAAUCUUAAAGGCUUCGGUACAAGAGCUGUGUACAGCAAAGAAAAAAAGGUUUUUACUAUAAAUACCCCAAAUUUUGAAUCGGCUAAAUGUUGGGCAGGUUGUUUGGGGCAAACCGCCACACAUGCUGUAGUUUUUGCCAAUUUGGAAAUCGAUGAUAAACAAUACGGGCUUCAAUCUUUCAUAGUACCCAUCAGAGAUGUCAAUACCUUACUACCUUUUGCUGGUAUUAUAGUGGGUGAUAUGGGUGAAAAAACUGGUCUAAAUGGGGUCGAUAAUGGGUUUAUACUAUUUAAAAACUAUGAAAUACCCAGAGAAAACUUAUUAGACAAACUAUGCGAUGUCACUGAAGAUGGAUUAUUUAUUUUAAAAGUUAAGGAUUUAGAGUCCCAUAAAGAAAAAUCCAGAAUUGCUUUAUCUAUUGCAAGAAUAAGUACAGUGGCAAGAAAUGAAUGUCUUGGCACUAAAGGCUUAGUCGUUGCUGUAAGAUAUGCUGCUGUACGUAAGCAGUUUGGUCCUGGUGAUGGACCAGAAGUAUGUCUUUUGGAGUACCAGACACAUCAAUACAGAUUGUUUCCAUAUUUGGCAGCAGCAAUUGUGUUUAAAAACACUUGGAUGUAUCUCGCUGACGUACAAGACAAUCUUGAUUUUUACAGUAAAAAUAGGAUUUGUAAUGUAAGUCUUGCUUCAGAAUUACAUGCAAUAGCUUGUGGGGCUAAAGCUAUAUCUGGGUGGACUAUGAGGGAUGUCAUACAAGGUUGCAGAGAGGCUUGUGGUGGCCAUGGAUAUCUUAAAGUUUCUGGUUUUGAUGAUACUAGAAGCGCUCAAGAUGCAGUUCUGACUUAUGAUGGAGAAAAUUAUGUUCUCCUGCAACAAACAAGUAAUAUCCUGAUAAAAUUAUGGCCCUUGAUUGUCAGAAACCAAAAAAUUUCCUCACCUUUGGAAUCAUUCGACUUUUUGUCAAAUGGUGAUAAUUUGUUAAGGGAAGGAAGAUUCACCAUAAAGACUGUAAAGGAACUUUUCAACCAAACUUACAUACUAUAUAUAUACGACUGGUUGGUGGUUUAUCUCAUAAAAUCAUCCGCAGAAAAACUAGAAAACCAAAAUAAACAAUCGGAAUUUUGGGUCCAAUCGGACAACCAAAUAUUUUACGCCAAAGAUCUUGCUGUUACCUACAUAGAGAGAUUAUUCCUGUUGAAAAUGCUGAACCUCAUCAACAACGCACCAGACAAAAAAAUCCAGGAGGCUCUGACAGAUAUGUUCUUCCUGUAUGCUUUAUGGAAUAUAAGAAACCAUAUGCCAGUCCUUUAUCAGGGCGGGUUUGCCAGUAAUCGUUUGAUAUCGAUGUUAGUCAAGGAAGGAAUUUUGAAACUUUUGGGCAGGAUCAAGAAUAACGCUAUUGCAUUGGUGGACGCCAUUGCUCCACCGGACUUUUUAUUGAAUUCAGUUCUUGGCUACUCAGAUGGACAGGUUUACAAACAUUUGGAGUCGGCAUUCUUAAGGUUUCCAAAUGGACUUUCCCGACCUACAUGGUGGAAAGAAGUUCUAGAUUCCGAACAAAUUCCUAGCAAAUUAUAG